AUGGCCACUGAACUCUUGACGCCAGCUGUACUCAGCUAUAUCGAUCAUGGCGCUUUCCCGCAGCACGAGGAUAUCGCAUCUGCCACCCUCACGCCCGACCACCUUCAAGCGCUGAGCAACGCAUUAAAGCACGAGCAAGAACAAGUCAAGCAGGAGAUAAGGGGUCUCAGCAAAAGCGCAGCCGGCGAUGUAGAUACCUGGAUAGCCCGUGCAAAAGAGCUCCAGGCAGACAUACUGCGCAGUAGGGAGACCGCGAGGCAGAUCGUGGCAGAAGCGGAAGCGGGCAAAGAGCUCAAGGCGAAACUAAUAGACAAGAAGCGUAAAGUCGAGCUUCUUGAGAAGGAAGUUGCGGUAAACGAAGGGAUAGUUGGGCGACUUGAGCAUGUGAAGCAUGCACAUAAUGAGCUCGAGGAGAUCCGCGAAGCUCUGGUGCGCGGCAGCAUCGAAGGAUUGCUUGUCAAGCUCGAGCAGGCCGAGGAGAGCAUUUUGGGUCUUGGUGAUGCAUAUUCCGGUGUCAGUCUUGUUUUACAGAGGAAGACGCAGAAGCUGAGAGUGGGUCUAAGCGAGACCGUUCAGACGAGAUGGGCUGCUGCCCUUCACGUUGAUGUGGAGAAUCGCUCAGUCACGAUGAAGGACUCCGUCAAGCCAAUUGUAGAGAUCGCCCAAGGCCUUGGACUCUUCGAUGAUCUUGUGACAAAUCUCACCAAGAAUGUCGAGAAAGCUAUUUUCAGACCUCGCCUCGCAAUUGACAGACAAAGCAGAGUGCCUGCUGUACAGAUCUCAGGCUCUCAGCUUGCGUUAUCAGCACCGGUCGAAGACUGCAGCUUGGACAAGCUACUGAAGGACUUGCGGUCAGCGAUCGACUAUUUAGCGGAGCAUUUGCCAGCAGAUGUUGCCUUGCCGCUCUCUCAGCAUUUAGUACCGGCAUUAUCUGCUCGGCUUGAAGACGAGUGGCUCGAACCGGCUGUGCCUCUGGACAUAUCAGAGAUGUCAGCAUUUCAUCAAAUUCUUGCUGAUGUGGAAGACUUCGCCGGCCACAUUGAACAAGUUGGGUGGCAAGGCAGCAAAUCAAUUUACGCAUGGGUUCAAGCGGCUCCGAAGACCUGGUUGACUAAGCGUCGCGAAGGACUUCUUGGAGAUGUUCGCAAUUUUGUGUUCACUGGAAUCCGAGAUCGAAAAACAGUGGAGCGUGUGGAGACACAGAUGGUCAGUCAAGAUGAUGCUCUGGCUGGUGGGGGCGGAGACGGUGAGGAUGACUGGAAUACGGCUUGGGACGAAGCAGAUGAUACCUCGGCCGCCGCCGCUGUUCCCCAAGAGCCAGCCACUGCACCUGCCGAGGACGAGGAUAUGAGCGCAUGGGAUGAAGAUGACACGAAUGAGCCUGCAAAGGAAGAGGAAUCCAAGGACGACGAUGAUGCCUGGGAUGCCUGGGGAGAGGGCUACGGCGAUAGCAACGAAUCUACCGCUGCAGCGACGACACCAAAGAUUCCACAACAGCAGCCAACGCUUGCAAACGGCGAACGGGCUACGGUCAAACCUUCCGAGCGCGAGGUCACGCUCAGAGAAACGUUCAAAGUGACUGCUGUCCCGGAUGGAGUUCUUGACCUUUUACGACAAGUGAUUACCGAUGCAACGACGCUUGCAGGGCCUGAGCAUGCCAAUUCCCCUAUUAGGGUAGCCUCACAAGGGCUGUACACACUACCUACAUUGGCAUUAGCCAUCUAUCGCGCCACUGCGCCUACUGCCUAUGCGAAGCUGGACACCGGCAACAUGCUCAUUUACAACGAUACGAUGCGCUUGGCAGAUCAACUUCGAGCGUGGCAGGCCGAUCAGCCCUCGCAAAGUCGUUUGCGCCUUGAUAAUGAUGUCAAGGCCCUCGAACAGUUUGCGAAAAGAGCGUACAGUGCUGAGAUGGACAGCCAAAGGACGAUCCUGCUCGACCAACUGGAAGGCGCCCAAGGAUUCAGUCGAUGUUCCGAGCAGCCAUUCAAAUCCGAAUGCGAAAGUGCUGUGGAGCAAGCAGUUCUGCGUCUGCGCGAUGUGCAUGGUAUGUGGGAGUCUGUUCUAUCAAACUCCGCUCUGCUUCAGUCAAUUGGCUCGUUGCUCUCUACACUCAUCGCAAAGAUGAUCCGAGACGUGGAAGAUCUGCCCGACAUCGGUGAGGCCGAUAGCAAGGAGCUCAAAGCCCUUUGCGAGGCUAUAACUGAGACCAAGGACAUCUUCACACAAGCAGCACCAGAUGGAAGCCAACGGGAAAUGGCUUUCGUGUACUGUCCUAAUUGGCUAAAGUUCCAGUACUUGGGCGAGAUACUGGUGGGCACGCUGGCUGAUAUCAAGUACCUGUGGAGCGAAGGCGAGCUGAGUCUGGAGUUCGAAGCAGAGGAGGUUGUAGGUCUCAUCGAGGCGCUUUUCGCAGAGUCGAGGCAUAGACGAGAAGCUAUUCAAGGGAUCAGAAGGGGUGGAAGGAGAUAA